AUGUCAUGUCAACGGUGCAAAGAGCUUUAUGCGAGAGUUCGACGAGCGCAAACUGUGUCCGAUUCUGGUUCCCAUCCUAGUACACUCGAACUCGCGUACAUGGUUAAUCUUGAAUACUCGAUCGAAAUGAGUCAUGAUUGCCUGCACAAGAUUCCUGAGAGUCGAAAAGCAACGAUCAAAGUGAAGGACAUGGUCGAGUAUCUGGACGAGAGAAACUGGGAGCUGUGCACUAGAACGAAAAACAAAGGCUUCACGUGCUCAUCUUUCAUCAACCAUCCCGCAAAGAGGCUGGUGAUCGUGCAUCGGGGAACUCAACUGACCAAUUUUUUACAACUCAAAGCAGACAUUCGAAUCGCAUUGAACUUGAUCACGUCAAGCAUUGUGGCGGCUGCCGAUUGGCACACGUUACAAUCAAUACUAAAUAACACACUCAAGUUGGACGAGGGGACGCGACGCUUCGUACGCAACGACUACUCGGUGACAAUCACUGGGCACAGUCUUGGCGGAUGGCUGGCUGAAUUGUGCACGUUGUUAAGGAAACAUCCAGCUUUCUUUCCCGUUGACCCGCGUGGUAAGUUCUCCUUUGGCAAUGACACUAUGCUUGAUAUGAAUCAAGCAAACGACUUACAUUGUGUGGCGUUUGAUAGUCCGGGUGCGAAUGCGGUUUUGACAAGACUCAAGGAGGAUCCGGGUUGGCUAAAUGGAGGGCCACGAGAUGUCGAGAUCGUCUUGCAGACACUCGACAUUACGGUUUAUCUGGCAAAUCGUAACCUCGUAAACUGGUGCGGCACUCACGUGGGCACCGUGAAAACGAUCGAUGUUAUGUCGAGCGCCUCGUUUUUCACCAGAUAUUUUAAUCCAAUCGCCUCGCACGGAAUGGAGGGAAUUUUAGCCUAUUUUCAAAAUAAUUCCAACGCU